UGCAUCUCUGUAUAAGUAAAGACGCCCGAUGAUGCAGAAAACUCCAUCCAGCCCUAGCUUCGUCUGCUUCGUCUUCCUCCUCCUUCGCUAGCAUCAGUUGCGUCAGAACUGCCAAGAACAGAGCACGUUACUCCGCAGAGUUUUCGCUAGCUCUUCCUGCAAUUCGAUCAUGAGCUACCAGCAGGGCUACCCACCUCCGGGCACCGCAGCGUACCCUCCGCCGGGCCAGCAGCAGGCCUACGUCGCCCCGCCGCCGGUCGCCUACCAGCAGGACCAGCAGUACCCUCCUCCUGCCGGCGGCGACACCACGAGCCGCGGCGGCCACGGCAACGGCGGCGGCGAUGGCUUCUUGAAAGGAUGUUGCGCGGCGCUCUGCUGCUGCUGCCUCCUCGACGCCUGCUUCUGAUCAUCGAGUCUGUCCCAUGCUGCUCCUCCGUCACGAUCGAGCCAUAGGAUCGUCAUGGUCAUGGUCAUCGGAUGAUGAUUUGGUGCCAUGUAUAGCUGAUCAUACUAUUUUUCUUUUAUUUUUGGGAUGUGUUUGUUACUUUGUUCACCUGAUGAGAACUAGGCCAUGUAGAGUGCACGCGUUAUUAUUGGUUUUCCAUACGUAUGAUUUCAAAUAAACAUGUGAGGCUGAUCUAGUUACCUUCUCUUGGUGUUAUUAUUUUGUCGCGUAUCUUACUGAAAUUUCACAAUAAUUCUAGUGAGUUUGGUACUCUUAA